AUGAAUCCUCUGAUACAAGGUUGUUGCAUCACCCUUUGGGUUGUUGUUGGACUCUCUUCCUUAGCAUUUACAAAGUCAGUGGAUGUUUCAAAACAGUGCCAAUUCCCUGCCAUUUUCAACUUUGGUGACUCAAAUUCUGACACUGGAGGCCUCUCUGCUGCCUUUGGACAAGCUGGCCCUCCUCAUGGAGAGUCCUUCUUCCAUCACCCUUCUGGCCGCUACUGUGAUGGCCGUCUCAUUAUUGAUUUUAUAGCUAAGAAGCUGGGCCUGCCUUAUUUGAAUGCAUUUCUUGAUUCGGUUGGGUCAAAUUUUAGACAUGGAGCCAACUUUGCAACUGCUGGAUCCACCAUUAGACCCCAGAAUACAACUCUUCAUCAAACUGGGGGUUUCAGCCCUUUCUCUUUGGAUGUUCAAUUCAAUCAAUUUAGUGAUUUCCAGCGCAGAACACAAAUUUUUCGCAAUAAAGGUGGAGUGUAUAAAAAAUUGUUACCAAAAGCAGAAGAUUUUUCUCGCGCAUUGUACACAUUUGAUAUUGGUCAGAAUGACUUGACAUCUGGUUAUUUCCACAACAUGUCCACGGAUCAAGUUAAAGCAUAUGUUCCUGAUGUUUUGGCUCAAUUCAAGACCGUAGUCAAGUAUGCGUAUGAUCAUGGAGGAAGAUCAUUUUGGGUUCACAAUACGGGUCCUGUUGGGUGUUUGCCAUACAUCAUGGAUCUUCACCCAGUAAAAGCAUCUUCACUGGACAAAGCAGGAUGUGUAACCCAAUAUAAUGAAGUGGCUCAGUUCUUCAAUCGUGAAUUAAAAGUUGCUGUGUUUCAACUUAGAAAACAACUUCCCUUGGCUGCCAUAACAUAUGUUGAUGUUUAUUCAGCCAAGUACUCUCUCAUUAGCCAAGCAGGGAAGCAUGGUUUUAAGGAACCUCUAAGAGCUUGUUGUGGGCACGGUGGGAAGUACAACUACAAUGUACACAUUGGAUGUGGAACUAAGAUUAAGAUAAAUGGCACAGAGAUCCUUGUGGGAAAAUCAUGCAAAGACCCAUCAGUUAAAAUUAAUUGGGAUGGUGUUCAUUACACUCAGGCUGCAAACAAAUGGGUAUUCGAUAAAAUCGUAGAUGGUUCAUUUUCUGAUCCACCUAUUCCUUUGAACUUGGCUUGUCAUAAGCAUAUUUGAAUGAAAGGAUGCUAAACCUUUGUCCUUUCUACCCCCAAUAAUUUUGUCUUCCACAGAAAAUACUCUUAGGUAAAAAAAAGUUACACCUCUCUAUUAAUUGAGAGAAGUCUCUCUUAGUUGAUAGGAUUCUAUUGGAGGAAUAAAAUCAAGAACAGAGAGGAUUUGAGUCAUGCAUGGUGUUGAGGGGUGAGUUCACUUGUAAUCUUCUCUGAUUGAAGAUGUUUCAUUUCUUUCUU